CACCCUAAAAACGACCUUUACUUAACCUACAUAAAAUGGCUGAAAGUACAGAAGAUACUGAUGCCGUCGGCUUGGGGGACCUCGCUAAUCUAGUCCGUCUGUUUAGAAAUGGUGAAGCCAUGGACGCUAUUCAGAAGGCCCUCUCUCAGUCGAACCCGGCUGCAGUCACUCAACCACAACCGGAUGGCUCCUCUCUCCUACAUAACUUCGCCAUGUUGGGGAGCUACGAUAUUGUAAAACUUCUCUGGGAGAAUGGCGCUCGUCCAAGCAUCCUCAAGAAAGACAACUCAACCGUUCUACACUCAACGGUUCGAACGCAAGAAGAUUCGGAAGAUUUGGAGCGAUCGAAAAUUCUAAGUUUAUUCCUAACGUCUGAGGAAUAUCAUGGAAACAGUAUGCCCAUCAACUACAAGUGCUCUAAGGGAUGGACUGCUAUCAAGCUAGCUGCCCGUACUAACCUAGAAAGAUGUGUGGAGGUCUUGUUAGAGAGAGGGGCAGAUCCAGACGUCCCGGAUGAGGAGUGUUACACACCACUGCACAAUGCUAUUGGAAACCCGGAUAUUGUCAAGUUAUUGGCGACUAAGAGCUCGAAUAUUGACGUACAGAACAAGGACGGGGAAACCCCCUUAUUAGUUGCUUGUGAGCGCGGUCUAGUGGACUCUGCACUCAGUUUAUUGGAGAAUAAGGCCAAUCCCAACAUACCCAACAAAGAAGGUAUCACUCCACUCUUCCUCGCUGCCAGAGCUGGACAGCUGGACCUAGUGAAGGCGCUGGUGAGAAGAGGGGCCAACAUACAACUACAAGGAGCCUCACAAAACAUAGGUCCCCUCCAUUGGGCAGCUCACAAAGAAAGCGGGGAGAUUGCAAUAUUCCUGAUAGAGAGUGGGGCAGACGUGCUUCAACAAGACAAGGAGGGCAGGACACCACUCUCAAUGGCCUCCCCUGAACUGGCUGCCAAGAUGAUGGCUGCUGCCCAGCGUGUGAACCCUGACCUCUCCCUCCCUGAGGCCACACCCCCUUCAAUGUCCGCCAGUGACAAGGCAAUAGCCGCAUGCUGUGGAGGCAACGUACAAGCCCUACACGUCCUACUACAGGCCGGCAUAUCAGUCAACUAUGCUAGUAGUAGUACUGGCUCUACACUUAUACACAUGGCCGCCUAUUGUGGACAGCUGCACGUUGUACUGUUCUUGAUGCAACGUGGGGCUAAUUGGAAGACGGUAGACAAGGAGGGAGACACUAUUCUCCAUUUUGCGUGCAUGAAAGAAGCUAAGGGCGGCCUGCACGACAAGACGCUUGAGUUCCUGCUAUCCUCUCCUGUGAGCAUGCUCAAAGACGUACAAAAUGGCCUUGGGGAUACACCAAUCAUGGUGGCCACCAGGUGUCACUUCAUGCCUCGUGUUAGACUCCUCCUCCAACACAAAGCUGAUGUCUCCAUUGCCAACUCCAAGAGAGAGCUACCAUUACAUAGAGCGUGCAACUCAACAGAGUCCAUCGAGGCACUAUUCUAUUUCACUGAUUUGACCCCUGACCUCAAUGUACAAGAUGCAGACGGAUGGACUCCACUCAUGCAUGCUACCAAAGCUGGCUCCACCCCUCUCGUUAAAUACCUUCUCCAGAAAGGGGCGGAUCCCAACAUCCGCCAAACCAGUGGAUUCACUGCUCUGUAUCUGUCUGCACAAGAGGAGAAUGUGGUGACGUGUCGACUGCUACUGGAGGGAGGGGCUGACCCGCAGUUGGCUGGGGGGACGCAAAAACUGACCCCCCUACACAUCGCAGCUCACAGGAAUAGUCGAGGCAUUUGUGUGGUUCUGGUAGAGUAUGGAGCGGAUAUUCAUCAGCCUGAUAAUGACGGAGACACACCCCUUUCCUUGUCCGAGAAUACAGACCUGAAGCAAACUAUAAUGGCGUUGUAUCUCAAACGGCAAGAAGAACAGGAACUGUUGACUGCAGACAAUGAGUCAAGCACACCCACUCACAAGCAACAAAGUGUGGAUGGUGGAGUUAGUGUGAGUUGUGAGGUUAGUGAGGUUAGUGAGGGUGGUGUGCUGACUCGGCAGGGUACGUUUAGCAAGGACAACGAGAGAGAGGGGUCAGAGGUCGACACUGUACCACAAGCAAAAUACCAAGAAGUAGUACAGGAGCUGAACACACUGAGGCAGAGUCUCACUGAGACCAGUGAGGACCUCUCAUCAACACAGGGUAAUUGUGAACUGCUCUUGUCUCGCAACCACACCCUUUCUGAGGAGCUGCACAGACUACAGUCGCUCAUGGUGGCCCACCACAUAGAGGGGCGGUUAUCGUUACAUGAGCAGCCAGACUCUAGCGGUGUGGGGGAGAGGUCCGGAGUCAAGACACGUACGAGCUGGCUGGUUGGUAACACUCAGUAUGAGAUCACCAGCUCCAUGCUCAAUAUUGACCAGACAGUCAACAAAUUCUUCGACGUAUACCAAGGGACGUACCGGCAUCUCCCCGUGGCUGUGAAGGUUGUGAGAGGUGUGGGGGGAUGGGGGCCAGAGGUGUAUCAAACCUUCUAUCAAGAGAUUGAUGUUAUCAGCCAGCUACAGUGUGCGUGGGUGGUCCUGUUCAUGGGUUGUCUAGUAGAUCCUGACACGAGACAGUGUGUGGUCAUCACUGAGCUGAUGAGUAGGGGCAGUCUCCAUUCCGUUCUACACGAGGACAGAUUAACACUGGAAUGGAAACAGAGGGUCUCCAUUGUGAGGGACGUGUGCCGGGGGAUGGUGUUCCUGCAUUCUCACAACACUCUGCACAGAAACCUGGUACCACGGAACAUUCUCAUGGGUCAGCAUCUCAACGCUAAAGUAGGAGGCUUUGGACUAUGGGAGACACAGAAUGCUGCCAGUGACCACACACAGUCACAGAAUGAAGCCCCUCAAAUGUACAUGGCCCCUGAGGCUAACGAGAAACUAGAGUUCACUCAAGCUGCUGACGUUUACUCAUUUGGUAUUGUCAUGUGUGAGGUGGGUACGGGUGAUCAACCGUUCUCAGAGCUCUCUCCGAGUGACGACAAGCCGUUCCUAUUAGCCAUGAAAGUCUUCAUGGGGCGACGCCCACUCUUCCCUGAGGGCGUGCCCAAUGACUACCAGAGGAUUGCCCAAAAGUGUUGGCAAGGAGAACCGAGGGACAGGCCUAGCUUUGAGACUGUGCUCACACUACUCAACCUGACAGUGGACUAACUCUAUAAUUAUAUUGACUCCAUUCGUUUUUUAUAUGAUUGCUUGAUAUAAUUCAAAGAUCAAUUCAUUUUUUAUCCAUAUGGUAA